AUGGCACCAAUACCAACUACUUCUCAAGAUGCAAAUGUCGGACUAUUUCAUCCUAAGGUCAUUGCCCUUUCAUUGGGCGUCUCAGCAACUGCAUACCUCUCAUACAGACUUUACACGCGGUACCUCAAGCCUGUACGUUCAAUCCUAGAUCUCACUCCAGAAAGGCUAGAAUACAACCACAAGCUAUAUGGCUAUGUCACCCGAGUGGGUGAUGGAGACAAUUUCCGUUUUUACCAUACCCCUGGAGGGGUUUUUGGCGGAUGGGGGUGGCUCAGGUCCAUACCCAAGGAUAAUAAGACACUAAAAAAUGAGACGUUGAUGAUCCGCUUGUGUGGUAUCGAUGCCCCUGAACGAGCGCAUUUUGGGAAACCAGCACAGCCAUACAGCGAAGACGCGUUGCAGUGGUUGCGCUCGUAUAUCUUGGGAAGAUAUGUGGUUGUCACGCCGUACCUGGUGGAUCAAUACAAGAGAAUCGUAGGUAAGUGUCAAGUAUGGAAAUGGACAGGAAAUAAGGACGUUUCUGCUGAGAUGUUGAAGCAUGGAAUGGCCAUUGUAUAUGAAGGGAAAGUUGGGGCGGAGUUUGGGGAUAAUGAAGACUGGUACAGGCGACUAGAGAAGAGAGCAAAGUUUUUCAAACGUGGUGUAUGGGUACUAGGGUCCAAGAUGUUGACACCUGGUGACUAUAAAAAGGCCUAUUAUCGAAACAACUGA